UUGGUAUCUCGUGAUUCAACGCUACACUAGACAUGUCUUUACUGCGUUUGGCCGGGGAUAGAGCAAAUGAAUUGAAGAAAAAAUGAUGAUUGGGGGGGGUUGGCAUCAUCUUUUUUAUUGUCAUGGGAGACUGCAGGGCAGUCCCCGGUGCACUACGGCGUAUUUAAUACUUGACUUUUUUUCUCUCUGGUCUCUGCUUGUGUACAUGUGUUUUGGUAAACCUGUCCUUUUCUUUUUACUACAGUCUCUGCUUUCGUCAGUCGUUAGUACAAAAAAACAAACUUGAUAAACGGGAGCGGUGAGGCCAAGAUCACGCGACGGAUGGUUGGAGGGGUUUUCGAUCAAUAU